GCUGGGCGGGGCGGGCACGGGCUGGUGGACUGGUGAGGUGGCGUCGGUGGGAGCGGUCCGCCGCGGUUCGGCGUGAUGCUGGGGCCCCAGUCCGAAGCCCGGCGGCUCUGAAUGCCGGAGCCGCCCCGGGACAUCAUGGCGGAGGCCUGCGAGGCCACCCGCCCCUCGGAGGAUGAGGACGAGGAGCGGGAGCCGCUGCUGCCUCGUGUCGCUUGGGCCCAGCCGCGGAGGGGCGCGCCCGGGAGCGCCGUAAGGCUGCAGGCGGACCAGGGCGCGGCUGUCCUUCGCGAGCCCGCCACCGAAGAGCCGCCGGUGGUGUCCGAGGACCGGUCGAUCUCCGCGAGCUUGUCCACCGAGCUGGACCGGACCCGCAACGCAGUCUCAGAAACAAACACAUUCUUGGAAGAUCCAGAAUUUGCUGAUGUUGUACUGAAAGCAGAGCAAGCGAUAGAAAUUGGAGUUUUCCCAGAGAGGAUCUCUCAAGGGUCAAGUGGAAGUUACUUUGUGAAGGAUUCUAAAAGGACUAUAAUUGGUGUGUUUAAACCCAAAUCAGAAGAGCCUUACGGUCAGCUGAACCCCAAGUGGACCAAGUAUGUCCACAAGGUUUGCUGUCCCUGCUGUUUCGGCCGAGGCUGCCUGCUUCCUAACCAGGGCUACCUUUCUGAAGCUGGUGCCUACCUGGUGGAUACCAAGCUUCAGCUGGGCAUUGUACCUAAAACAAAGGUGGUUUGGCUUGUCAGUGAGACAUUUAACUACAGUGCGAUUGACCGUGCAAAAUCAAGAGGCAAAAAGUAUGCCUUAGAGAAAGUACCAAAAGUAGGUAGAAAGUUCCAUCGGAUAGGACUUCCUCCUAAGAUUGGUUCCUUUCAGCUGUUUGUGAAAGAUUACAAGGAGGCUGAAUAUUGGCUUAGGAGGUUUGAAGCCGAGCCUUUGCCCGAGAACAUUAGAAAACAGUUUCAGUCACAGUUUGAAAGAUUAGUGAUUCUGGAUUACAUCAUCAGAAACACAGACAGGGGAAAUGAUAAUUGGCUAGUCAAAUAUGACGAGAUGAAAUAUGCAAAGAAAAUUGAAAGUGAGGAAUCAAACUGGAUCGAUGAUAAACAAUUGCUUAUUAGAAUAGCUGCAAUUGACAAUGGGCUAGCAUUUCCCUUCAAGCAUCCUGAUGAAUGGAGAGCAUAUCCAUUUCACUGGGCUUGGCUCCCUCAAGCAAAAGUUCCUUUCUCUGAAGAAACUCGAAACUUGAUUCUACCCUUUAUUUCUGACAUGAACUUUGUCCAAGACUUGUGUGAAGAUCUUUAUGAACUUUUUAAGACUGACAAAGGAUUUGACAGAGCUGCUUUUGAAAGUCAGAUGUCUGUGAUGAGAGGCCAGAUCUUAAACCUCACUCAGGCACUGAGAGAUGGCAAGAGUCCUAUGCAGCUGGCACAGAUGCCAUGCGUGAUCGUGGAGUGCAGCAAAAGUGGUGGCCAGGGGCGUGUUGUACACCUGGGCAGCUCCUUUACCCAGACGGUCCACUGCAGGAAGCCGUUCUUUUCCUCCUGGUAGCAGAUGUAAAGGGAACAGCUGUGUGGUUUUACUGUGCUGAUAAAAUAUUAGUGACGUAAAUCUCUGCUGCUGAGGGCACCAGUCGCCAAAACCUCAAAUAAUUCAAGUCUUUAAAUACAUAGAAAAUAAUAUUAUAUUUUGAAUGUAAUCAAAAGUUUACGAUUUUUUGUCCAAAUAUUAAAUUUCUAUUUCAGGGAAGAAGUGCUAUAUCUCCUAUAUUGUAUUUUUAUAGAAAAAUUGUAUUUUCUGUUGUUAUUACUUUAAAAAGUAACUUCAUGGUUUACACAUGCUAGCAUGACAAGAGAAAGGUCGACUUUGAAUACAGGAACAUCUUGUAUACUUUUUACACAUGAGAAGAAUCUUCUUGCAUUCAUUCCAAAAGACUUUUGAGGAUGGCCAAGCCAGACACUGCUUGUAGACUUGUAGACUCUCAACAGAAUAGCGAGUAGGUAGAGCAGACAGUGGUGAUGAAGCAACUUUACCUUCAUUUUAAAAGCUGCUGUUUCAAAACUGGAAUCAGGUGCCCAAAAGUGGUCGUUACUGGGAACCUGAAAGUUAUAUUCUGUCUAAGUGACAGAUGACUAUUAAUUUUUGAACUUUGGUAUAUUUGUUGAUGAAUUAUUCUGUUUUAGUGAAGGGGAAAAAAAAUCUAAAGACAUCUCCCUUCCCUUCUUUAAAACAGGAAAUAACUGAGAAUUGAAUGGAAUAAUAUAAAUUUAAGGUAGAUCUUCAGUAUUUUAAAAUUAUAACAUUACCCUAAAAAUUCUUGUUUUUUCUCAUAUGGGAUCAAAUAAUUGAAAGUCCAAACACUAACCUUAGUCAGUCAGUGCUGCAGUUAGUGUUAAACCAUCCCCUGAAGUGUACACUGAAGUCAGUAGCAAUGCUCAGGCACUCCUGGGGCAGUCGGUGGCUGAUCUCACCGGUCAUUUUCAAGUUGCUAUCUUAUGAUUUUUUUUAAUGAGCUAUUUUUAUAUGAAAAGGUGGCUAUGUCCAGGUGGUUAAACUAAGGUGUGGGUAGACGGUCUCUCCCAUCUUUGCCUGCAUCUUGGUGGAUGUAAGGAAUGAGCAGACCACUGCCCUGAGGAGUCAGGGAAACCUGCAUCCUCCUACCUCUUCUGACCUUCCAUUAGCUGGGGGUUGAGAAAAUGGGAACUUGACUGGAGUGUCAACCCAUCCCACCACCUGGAGGUGAACACCAGUCAUCGGUUUGUGCCUUUGUGUCUUCUGCAAGGGAGGGCGGAGUUGCCUCUGCUGUGGUACGGCUUUCACAAACGAUUUUCUUUUCAAUGUUUUGAAAAUUGCUAUAUUAAUUUUUAUAACAGAGAACCUAGUAAAUUGCUACUGUUUUAUAGGCUAAAAUUGAGCUAGUUCAAGACUGUUUUUAAGUGUCUGACCAUGUUAGAGUAGUUGGGGUAUUUAAAGAUUACAAGUGAAAGUACUUACACUGUACUUUGUAGACAUUCAUGAACUUAAUUCUUAUUUGAAUAUUGUGGGGUUUUUUAAUGAGCAUAUUUAUAUUGUCAAAUAUGAUAAGCAACAGGAAUAAAAAUCAUUGUCUUGAGGCUA